UCGAUGAGCUGUACUGUUUCAUGUUUCAGAGCUUCCAGCUAGGGUGGUGCAGUUUGUAGUGGUUUGACGAUUCUGAAAGCAUUUGAGCACAUGUCCCUGGUGGAAAGGAAUCCUUUGCCUAAGGCCUUUCAAUAAAGGGUUUGUGCGGUGGUGCUUUGUUGUAGGGUUUAUUUGAACGGAGACAAUUGCAAGCACAAUGUCUGACAGCCCAACAGACCUCUCGGUAGUGACGAAGACAUUGAAAUUGAGAAAGCCAGUGCGAAAGGUUGAGGAGGCAUCCCUUGAUUCUCUGGCCCCUCCGUCUGAUAUUCCAACAGGCGACUCGUUCCAAGUACCAUCGGCAGAUCUGCUUCUUGACCCGAAAUUAAAAGAUUCGAGGCGCAAGGAACAACCCAAUGAGCCUACUGUUCAGCCCAGUGACGAUGCUGAGAAAAAGGACGAGGACAGAAAUAUAGAAGAAGCGCCAGAGGAAGGCGACAAACCUGAUGAUGCUCCAGUGAAGACUGCAGCAGCUGAACCCAUCACUAGCCGUAGUCCUGGACGUCCUGUUCCGUACACUGAACCGAAGUGGGGUGGCUGCCCAGCAGUUACUCAUGGACUAGAAGUCAUCAAGAACGGUCAGCUGCUGAAAACCAUCGACCUGUCCAAGAAGCCGUUCACGGUGUUUGGCCGGUCCGAGCAAUGUGAUGUGGAGAUUGAGCAUCCGUCAGCGUCUAGGUAUCAUGCUGUGUUGCAGUGCAGACCCAGUAGGACACAUGCCGACUCGUCUGAUGUGGACAAUCCUGGUAACGAUGAAGAUGAGGAUCAAGAGUCGGAUGGACGUGAUGAGUUCUACGUGUAUGAUCUGGGCAGUAGUAACAACACAAUGGUCAACAAAGAGAAGCUCAAGCCCAAAACGUAUUACCGUGUACGGCUGGGUCACCAGCUUCGUUUUGGCUUUAGUACUCGUAUGUACGUGCUAGUAGCAGGUCAACCGGACACUACGGCGGCCAUGAUUGAAGCAGAUGCCGCCGAGGAAGAGAGACAAGUGUUGGAGGAGAGACUGCGCAAGGCACGCGGGUUUGCAAGUGACGUGAAUGAGAGCAGUGGUGGAGAUCAAGACACUGCCAGUAGCCUAAAGAAGUCUGGGAAAAUCAUCAAACACCGCGAUGACCCGAAUGCAAUAAGCUGGGGGUUCCAAGAGGACGAUGUAGAGGAGGAAGCCAUCAUGGAAGAACGGCCAGACUUCGAAGCCCUGCUGAGUGCCCGGCAAGGCAAAGCGCAGUACUUUGAGAAAGAUCCGAAGAAAGCGCUAGAAACCUUCUUUGAGCGAGAAGGAAUGGACAUGGAGUUUGAGACGGAUGAAGACGGCUCUGGAAACAAGCACAUGUAUAUUGGCCGUGUACGUCUGCCUAUUCAGACGGCCACCGGCGCUCCCGUGUACGGUGAAGGAACUGCAACCAAGAAGAAAGAUGCGAUGGCUGCUGCGGCUCUGGACGCUUGUCGGCUACUCGAUGCUCAGGGUAUGCUGCGAGAGCAUCAAGGGGGCAAAGACGGCGGUCGCAAGGGUCGGCGAAGGGACGAAGACUUCUACGACUCGGACGAGGACUCGUUCCUCGAUCGUACUGGCACGGCAGAAAAGAAGAGACAGAAACGAAUGGAGAAGUCAGGAAAGAAUAAAUCAGCUGACGGUGUUGAGACUUAUGACUCUCUUUCGAAGAAGCUAACCGAUAUCCAGAGUCAGGUGAAGGAGGCUGAAGGCAAACUGGAUAAAGCCAUGGCAGCUCAGGGAAAUAAUGACGGGUCGUUGGAGGACUUUAUGAAUUCCAUCCAUGACCGACUCGAUCGCGGCCAGCGCGCCAAGUUGCGGCAAACUAUUGCCGACCUGAAGAAAGAAGAGAGCAAACUUGCUAGGCUUGUUGCUCUGACUGCUCCGACUAAAUUACCGGAACUCAAAGCGGACGCUGGUAACUCCUCUGGUUCCGAAGUGGCCGGCUCUCCUCGUAGUGAGUCUGCGUCGUCGCCGCAGCCAAAGAAGAAGCCGUAUGGAUUUGUCGGUGUUGCCAAGCGUCCUACUGGUAGCAGUGGUGGCCUGCGUGUUCCUACAGCAAAACCAGCUGCCCCUGAGCCCAAGCAUCGGCCAGAACGGCACACUGAGGAAGUUGAAGAAGAAGAAGAGGAGGAUGAGGACAUGGACACAGGUGAGGCAGUUUUAACUGGCACCAGUACUUCUAGUCGCAAGGAUGCAACACCGUCGUCUAGAGCCAGAUCACCAUCACCACCACCGUCUUCAGAGCGGAGAGCACUUCCUCGGAGUGUCACCGUGCAAGGGCCACCAUCACUGCCGGCCGGUCCACCUGUUGAUGCUACACAGCCAGCUACGACUGCUCCAGCAGAGCGUGCUGAGGACGGUGAUGGUGAGCAGGAUGGCGACUCGGAGUCACAAAGCAAGUCGGCACGGCGACGUAAGCGCCGUCAGCGCCAUGUUGCAGAGCAGUCAUUGGCCUCGGCUGCAAGCUCUGUCAAGGCCGCUGUGAAAGAAGACUCGCUGGACGAUUGGAAGCGUGAUCCCAAUGUGGAUGCAUGGUUGCCACCAAAGAACCAAUCCGGAGAUGGCAAAACCCACUUGAAUGCCAAGUUUGGGAUCUCCAAGCCAUACGACAGCUUCAUACCCAGGUCAUGGCUGACAAACUGCGGAUCUGACGGCGGUGGCAUCUGCCAGCCCGACUUCACACCGGGCCGAACCAUGGCCGAGCAUACGUCCUCCGAGAAAAUUCCUGUUGUGUUAGUGUGUGGCCAAAAGAAGCAUGAAUGCCUUGUUUUCAGUGAGAAGCCACACGGCCUGCCCAUUGUCGAUGACCUGCAACGCUGUGCCGAGUCCAUAACUGGUAUACCUGUGGACAGACAGCGCCUCAUUUUUAAAGGCAAAACGUUGCGUCAGCCAAAUGAAAUGCUCUGUGAAGUUGGAAUUGAGCCCCAUUCGCGGGUUAUGAUUGUUGGCCAAAGGUUCGAUCCAGGUGAAGGUGAAACCUGCAGUAAAAUUCAGAGAAUCCUGGAAUCGUGCCACGAGUCGGAGAAGAAACUGCAAUCACUGCGGGCAGAAGUCGCUGGUGUACAAGGGAAUCAUCUUCCCCAGCACUUGCACAGCCAGGCUGUAACAAAGCAGACGCGCACCGGUGCUGGUAUUCAAGAACAGCUAGUCAAACUGUUAGAACAACUAGAUGCACUGGUACUUGAACAAGACCAGGCAGAGGCGAGGGCAAGGCGCAAGGCAGCAGUCCAACAUAUACAGGCUACUUUGGAUAGUGCGGACAGUUUACAACAGCAACUGGCUGAACUUAAGCAAAAGGUUUCAUAGUAAUACGUGUGUCUCCUGUCCAUUCCUUGCUGGACAUACAGUCAACUCUAGAAUAUUACGUUCAAGCGUGACAUUAGAAGUUUAGAACGUCGCCGCUUCUCGGGCUGCUGUCAGUGCGCUUGACUGGGGAUGGCCACCAAACCAGAGUGCACCCUGGCGCACUGUGCACAUCCUGCUCCGGAGUUGUCUUCUAAUAAUUACUUCCUCUUUUAGAAAACCCAUCACAUCCUUUAUCAGUUGUUUGAAACACUGAGUUGAGUCAUCAGGCAUGCUAUCUUCCAACACAUACAAAUACUUCAUCUGCGUUUGCCCAACUUUCUAGGUAGAACUGAUUUUUCGAAAGCCGCUCAAUGAAUCUUUGCUUAGAUCGUAAUGUCCUCUGUACAGGCGUUUUAUCCUGCAGCUGAUGUGUUUCAUGCCUUGUGAUACUAGACUAGGUACAGUCCGCAAUGUAAAAUAAUCGUGGGGUUUGAAAUUCUUCUAUUUGCCCUGGUUUAUAUUCGUUGUUUUUUCCCUUUCAAGUAUUUUUGGUUUGGUGUGCCUUUUUUGCACCAUACUGAGUUGUGUACUAGGAUUGCAUGUGUCUAUUCACGCUCACAUCCACUUUCCAUCUAUCCUGGCAUGCCGGCGGGCCUGAGUCACGAUCACAUCCAGUUUCCAUCUACCAAACCAUGCCAACAUGCCGGAGUAAUUUUCAUUUACUUUUUUUUACUAUUGUUUACUUUUUUACCAUUAAAUUAUUCAUGAAACUUUGAUUAUAUCAUAUUUUAAUAUCUUGCCAAAUAUGUCA